AUGCGCAGAUGCUUUGCCACUACUUCAAGAUGCCUCAGUCAUGAGAAUCCUCUAGGUCUUCCGCGGAAAGGCGCACCACCAACCCUUCCAAGAGCUCAACGCGGUCUGCCCACAAAGCGCAAGAUUCCAAAAGUGUCGAAGAUAGUUGCUGUAUCCUCAGCAAAGGGCGGGGUGGGCAAGAGCACAAUAGCUGCAAAUCUUGCCCUUUCUUUCGUGCGUCAUAAUCUUCGAACCGGUAUCCUUGACACCGACAUCUUUGGUCCUUCGAUACCAACUCUACUGAACCUACACGAUGCUCAGCCACCGGAAUUGACUCCCUCCAAUUUCCUCGUACCACUACAGAAUUAUGGGCUCAAAUCCAUGUCGAUGGGUUAUCUCCUCCCAGCCGAGUCCGCUCCUGUAGCAUGGCGUGGUCUCAUGGUCAUGAAAGCUCUGCAACAACUCCUGCAUGAAGUGGAUUGGUCUCCUGGGCUGGACGUUCUCGUUCUUGACCUGCCCCCUGGUACAGGCGAUGUCCAGUUGAGUAUCGGCCAGCAACUGGAGGUUGAUGGUGCUAUUAUUGUUAGUACGCCUCAAGACAUCGCUUUAAAGGAUGCCGUGAAAGGUGUCAACAUGUUCAAGAAGAUGGGAAUCAAUGUGUUGGGAAUGGUACAGAACAUGAGCGUGUUCAUCUGUCCCAAAUGUGGCGAAGGGACGAGAAUUUUUUCGCAUGCUGCAGAAGAGGUCGCUGACGGAGGAGUACAAGGAAAAUGUAAGGAAAUGGGUAUCGACUUCCUUGGAGAUGUGCCACUGGAUGCGGACAUCUGUAGAGAUGCCGAUAGAGGUAAGCCGACCAUUGUUGCUGAGGAAGCGGUGGGAGAACGUACGAGGUCACCAUACUUUGAGAGUAUAGCUGCUAAUGUAGCGAGGAAAAUUGGUCUUCAAUGGCAGUGA